AUGUCUAGAAGUAUUGAGCUUGCCAGCCAGACACACAAAGAGCAAGCAGCUGAGAGACUUACCUUUGAUCACAAAAUGGAGACGUAUGACAGCGACAAGUACUUCUACAGCGAUGACAUGCUGUACAAUGUCAGCUACGAUCUAACCUACCUUGGGGAGCGCUCCAGCUCCAGUCUUCCCUAUUCUCACAUCUACCUGCCACUGCUUUAUUUCCUCAUGUUUUUCACAGGCUUCCUGGGCAACCUCUUUGUGAUCACAGUCAUGGGCAGCCGGAGGAAGAGAGGCGGCCGUCUGGUGGAUACGUUUGUGGUUAACCUGGCACUUGCGGACCUGGUGUUUGUCCUCACCCUCCCUCUGUGGGCCGUCUCGUCCAGUCAGGAGGGACACUGGCCUUUCGGCAACCUUCUCUGCAAGCUGAGCAGCUACAUUGUCGCCGUCAACCGCUUCUCCAACAUCUUCUUCCUGACCUGCAUGAGCGUGGACCGCUACCUGGCCGUGGUGGGCCUCAUGGACUCCCGCUUUCCCCGCAGCAGCCAGUGUGUGCGUCUCAACUGCGCCGUGGUCUGGCUGCUAUCCCUGGCUCUAGGUACCCCCUCCCUGGUGUACCGUAGCAUGUAUACUCCCAACGGCAAACUCUUCUGUCUGGAGGAUGAAGAGUCAUCCUUCUUCCUGGGUCUGAGCCUGACCAUGGUCUUCCUGACCUUCGCCCUGCCGGUGCUCAUCAUCAUCCUCUGCUACGGUUCUAUCCUGGCCCACCUGCGCCAACACUGUGUUGCUGCUGGCAACCCUCGCGCAGAAGCCCGACGCCGCCACUCUCUCAAGAUGGUCUUCACCAUAAUCGUGGCCUUUGUGGUGUCUUGGCUUCCCUUCAACAUCUUCAAGACCAUCAUCAUUGGUUUCAGGCUGUCUAGAGCCGAUCUGAGCCUUGAGACCCAGUCUGUCUUGAGUCAGGGCCUCACCCUCUCCUGCUGCUUGGCCUUCCUCAACAGCUGCAUGAACCCAGCCAUCUACCUGUUCCUGGACCACCACUUCAGAGGGCAGGCGGAGAACCAGUUCCUGAGCUGCGUGGGAAAGCUUGGGCUGCACCAAGGCUAUGCCUCAUCCACUGACUUCUACAACGGUACCUCAGAGAGCUGCGGCACAACAGCCUCCAGAACUCGUCUCCAGCCACUUGACCAGGAUGUCUGAUAGCAGGGUUCUGCACCUUUAACAGCCUCUUUGCGGUCCGAAACGCUAAAGG